AUGGCAGAUAAAUCAUUCACCUUAGAUGACAUUGAAAAACUCCUUGACACCAAGAUUGGAACCAAAUUUGAUGAACUUCAAACUUCCAUUACUUCUUUAGAAACCAGACUUGAAACUAAGAUUGAUUCAAAUACAAGCUCGCUGAAAACAAAGCUUAAUUUGCAUGGAGAGUGUAUCGACAUAAUAUGGAAACAUGUUAGUCUUGGUGAUUUGGAGAUGCCUAAGUUAACUGAUGAUGCAGAAGAAGAAAAGAAAACUGAAGAAAAGGAAGAUGAUGGAACAAAGAAAGUUAAAGAGAAUUCUUUUACUCAGAAUACUUAUAUUCCUGGCAUUAUUUCUCAUAUCCUUCAACACAAAGAACAGAUAGAGGGUUUCCUUAACACUCCAAAAAAACCAAUUAAUGUGUCUAUCAACUUUGAUGAAGAUGAAAAAUUCGAGGACACAGAAGAACAAAAAUUGAAGGAUUGCUGGACUGGUUUUGUCGAAUCUUUUUUCAAAUUCAUGGAAGUUCCUGACUCUUCUAAGGUAAAACUAGUUGCUUAUAAACUGAAAGGUGGAGCUGCAGCUUGGUGGGAAACACUAUGUGAAGAUCGAGAUAAAUAUGACAAACCACCUAAACGUACUUGGAAAAGAAUGAGAGAAUUAUUACGAGCCAAAUUUUUACCAAAGGAUUAUAAGCAGCAACUGUUUAUCAAGCUUAAAAACUGUCAACAAGGAGCUAAAUUGGUUGAAGAAUACGUAGUUGUGUUCUAUGGUUUAGUUGCUCGUAACCAAUUGAAGGAAACUGAAGAAAAAUUUGUUGCACGCUUUAUAGAUGCCUUGAACAAUUUAAUUCAACAAGGGAUGACACAAUCAGCUUUUACUAUGGUUGAAUUUCGAGGAGAUAAGUGUAACAAGUGCAACCAGACUGGUCAUACUUCUAGUGAUUGUCGAAAGUUUCAUGUCUACAUUAAUGAAAUUCAAGAAGAAACACAAGUAGAAGAAGAAUUAGGGGAUGAUGAGUUUAAUUAUUUGCAAGAACAUGAGACUUAUGAUGCAGAUUUUCUUGGAGCAAUUCGCCCAGUUUUAAUCAUUGAACCAUGUCCUACUCAAAGACAUAGUAUUUUCAAAUCUCAUUGUCUCAUUGAAAAGAAACUUUGCAAUAUGAUCAUUGACAGUGGAAGUACAGAAAAUUACGUUUCUGCACAAUUGGUUGAAAAACUUGGUUUACCUGUUAUUACUCAUCCAAAUCCAUACUCAGUUGGUUGGAUAAACAUUUCUUCAGCUCAACAGAUCACUCAUCAGUGUUUCCUCAAGUUUUCUUUUCCGGGAUAUGAGGAUUAUGCCUUAUGUGAUGUUAUUAAUAUGACUGCAGCAAGCUUACUGUUGGGAAGACCAUGGAAAUAUGAUAUUAGUGUUGUUCAUAAUUGUUAUGACAACACUUAUACCUUUGUUCAUGAAGGUUUUACUAAAGUUUUAUGGCCCUUAUAA